GUUAGAAACAGAGCGUAUGGUUUAUUGACAAAGCACAGAACGUAAUGUAAGUACCUAAACAAGUUCUUAUCAUUUAGUUAUUGAUAUAAACGCUUAAUAAUUUAUAUAAAAUGACGUACGCUCUGGUGAAAAUGACGUCAUCGCUAAGCGCCAACUAAAUUGUUAAAUGAAAUAGCUCCGCUUUUGCCUUGUGUGCGUUAUAAGUAGUAUAAUAUGGUAUAUGUUCGGUCACAGUGCGUCACGUAGAUUGCAUUUAAUCGAAUAAAAAACGCAAGUAAUAUGUCGACUGGUAUUUACAUAUGCAACUCCAAAACCAGCGCUCGGUAGCAUCUGUCGUGCAUUAGCUGGAAGAUCAUUUUGCCGUUCUUCCUCACUGCUGUGCAGAAAUAAAAAAAGACCAUGCCACAGAUUUCGAUUAAUUAUUAUUAUAUUUUAUUAUGUGGACAGUUCUUGUUGCUCCUCACAGUGCUUCUUCUACAGUGUCUGGAUGGGAUUCAUUCUCAAAACUCAACCGAGCCACCCGGAAACAGAGUGACGACCAGCAAAUUAGUUCUGUUCAGCGAACAGCCCGAAGAAAAUGUGACGGAGAGUGUUAUACCUACCGAAACAUCAAAUCAUAUUGAGCAAUAUGAAUACAGCCCUCCAUCACCAGUAGUCCUUUGUCGAUACCUACCAGAAGAAUUCAUAUUCUGUCAAGAUCCAGUUGAUCAUGGGGGAAAUGUCUCUGCCUUUCAAGAAUUGGGCUAUGGAUGUGUUAAGUUUGGAGGUCAAGUGUACAAAGAUGUGAACCAUACCCAGGUGUUGUGCACAGCGUUAGAUGGCAUAGAGUGCGCUGGACCAAGAGAGUUUCUCAGAGGCAAUGAGCCAUGUAUUAAAUACACCGGACACUACUUCAUCACCACCCUACUCUACUCAUUUUUCCUGGGAUGUUUCGGGGUUGAUCGGUUCUGUCUUGGACACACUGGGACUGCAGUGGGAAAGCUGCUUACUCUGGGGGGUCUUGGCAUCUGGUGGUUUGUGGACCUCAUUCUCCUGAUAACAGGGGGACUGACACCCAGUGACAGCAGCAACUGGUGCACUUUCUACUGACAUAAAGUGGCUGUAUCCCAUUCAGCUUUCUUGUGUUCACAGAAGUUCUUUGAAUUGGCUGAACAUUAAAAGCUUAUGUUGAA